AUGAGCUUGAAUCCGCAAUUAAGACGGCAGGUCAUCGCCAUAUAUAAAGAGCUUUUGUAUAUGGGAAGAGAGUAUCCCCUCGGCUUUGACUACUUUCGGCCUCGUCUUCAUAAGGCCUUCAUCUCGAAAGCUGGAGAACGUGAUGAGAAUAAGAUCCGCCAGGGAAUUGCCCAAGCUGAAUAUGUCAAGAAGGAAAUUGAAGCCUUGUAA